AAGGUUGACGGAGGAAAUACAGAGAAACCCAGCAGCAACACGACCCUGAUUUGGUAUUUCAUGCAGGCAAAUCCAAUAAUAAUUUAUUUUUAGAUGAGAAACAGACUUGCUUCUUUUGAAGACAAAAGCUAGUGAGCGAGGAGGCAGCAUGAAAGAAACACAGCCAAUGUAGAUAAUAAGGAGAAUGACUGUUCUUGUAUCUCAUCUGGUGCACGGCCCCACGGAUUUUUACUUUAAGAAAGACUUCCUUGGGAGUGUUUGGAGCCACGGCCACACACGGAAUGGCUCAAAAACACAAUGGAGCUCCUCAGACUGGCAGGAUGCCAGGAGGACAGACAGCUUAAAUGUCAGGGACACAAAGUCCAAACAAUACAUGUCAACAACACACUGCUCUUUACCUCCGUGCUCCACAAAUUGAUCUGGGAGUCCCAUCAGGCAGGAAGGAGUCCUUUGUGGCUACUUGGAAAAUUGACUCUUGACCUCCUUUAUGGAGGGGCUGUCAUGGUUCAGAGAGAAUGGCGGAGGCAGAGUGCCAUGUGCCAAAUGCGUUAUGAUGAUCCCAGAUGAAGCCAGUACUUUAGGAGGAUACAGAGGAGCUUUUGUCUGACACUUGGAGGCCUCAUCCCACCCACCCGAGGGCAUAUGAAGAAGUACCGUGGUCUGAAGAAAUCAAACGUAAGAUCACCAUGGAUGUGAAGAAAAAAGAAAUGGACCUCCUGAGCAACAGCAUAGCUGCAUAUGCUCAUAUCAAGGCAAACCCAGAGAGCUUCGGCCUUUACUUUGUGCUGGGAGUGUGUUUCGGCCUGGUGCUGACGCUCUGCCUCCUGGUCAUCCGCAUCUCCUGCAAGCCGCGGACCAACAUGGCCCCCUCCACGCCUGAGAAAAAACAAUUAAAGGACAUCAGUGAGGAGGACGAGGAGAGCGAGGACGAUGAGGACGAAGACGGGGACGAUGUCGAGGCACCUAUCACUUUGCCCAGCACAGAAAUCCCUGUUGGUAAUCACACCAGCCAAUCAGACGGGACACUGAGUGUGAACGUAUUUACUUCAGCGGAGGAGCUGGAGCGGGCGCAGCGUCUGGAGGAGAGGGAACGUAUCAUACGUGAGAUCUGGAGGAACGGCCAGCCGGACAUCCUGGGGUCAGGGACAGGGACUAUUGGAAGAGUGCAUUACUACUAAGAUAAACGAGGCUUCAAGGGAAACACUGUGGGCUCUGUGAAGGACGGACAUAGACUUCUGGGUGGGCUCGAUGUCCCUGAGGCCUGUGAGACUUGUGUUAGAUACAAAGCAACAUCAUGGACGGCAAUGAUGUGCCAACAGCUCAGACAGAGCUGAACUAUGUGAUAUUGCACUUCCUGUGUAGCAACAUGUCCAACUGACUACAUGAAAUGAAACCAAGUGGUGUCUUAAAGCCUGAUUAAUGCGUAUGGAAAAGAUGCAGUAUGAAUGUGGGAGCUGAUGGACACUUGAAGUCUAUUGAAAUGUAUGGCGCUUAUGACAAAAAUGCACACAUCUGUUUAUGUAUAAGUGGAAAAAGAAAGCAUAUAUUUGGACAAUGUAUGUACUGUAUUUUGCCAUGAAGAUUAUUUGAGUUUGCGGGGAAGAGAAAACACUUUCAGGUGUACUGUUAAAGGAAAUUACACUAUUUGAACAAGGGUCAGAUUACAUAGUCUAACAUAAAGACAAUUAAAAUCGGAGUCUUUAAUUUAUGAGUACAUUAACCCAUGUCUGUGUUUUCAGGGAUUAUUCCACCAAAGGAAAUGACCGAAUUAAAGCAUUACGACGAAA